AUGUUUCCUAUCAAGCGAACAAAGUCUUAUUGGGAUUGUUCUUUGUUUUUCGCAGAGCGUUGGGUUUCGGACUUGCUUCCUCUCAUCAACCGAUCGACCCUGAAACGGUUGUCUCUUUUUACCCGAGCCGAGCAAAAGGAAAUCAAUCAAGCCCGAACAAUGAAGCAAUUGCCCGAUCUGAGCCUUAUUACGGCGGGGAAGAUAGGUGCCAAAAAGGGUACUGACGGCUCUGCGGGAGUCGAGAUUACGGACGUCGUCCCCGUUAUCGCCGAGCAGGCGCCCGCUGGCGGUUCUUCUCAGGGAAAGGCCUCGAAGAAGAAGAGAGGCAAGGAGACUCGGAAAGAGUCUGACGAGAUAGGUCAAACCGAUCCGGAUAAUCCCUCGAAGAAGAGUAGUAAGAAGAGGAAAGCCGCGGAACCACCUGUGGAAGACGUUCCCAGAAAAAAGAAAACGAAGAAGCAAGACUUCUCCGCGCCCCGACCAUCCUCGGUUUGCGAAGAGGAACUCCGAGCCUUGGUCCCUGACGCUACUCCCGAGGUUGGGACCUCGGAUGAUGACGAGAAUGAGACCAUCGCUUUGCGUCGGAGAAGACGAGAAGGCUCUCAGCAGAAUCGCGGAGCCUUAGUGGGUGAUCAAGGCCUCUCUGAGACUCCGAGGGAAUUGCCAGCCUCUGAAAGACCGCGAGUCCCUCUGAGGGGCGAUUCUUCGGCUCAUAUCACGGAAGGUUCCGAAACCCGUGUGUCCGGCCGUCCCAAGGAGACCCCGGAGGAUGGGUUUAAGUUCGAGUUCAGCCGAGAACUCCCGCUGGCCUGUUACCCGGAGGAUUGCGCUCGCUUGCUGCGACUAGUCAAAGGCGGUCCUGACUUGCUUCCUUCAGUGGGGGACCUCAUCUUUAAAGAUGAGUAUGAACAUGCUUCUUGCUCGUCGGUAAAGAGUCACGGCGACUGGAAUGUUUUGAUCGGGAAGUAUGACUCGGCCCUUAGGCGGGCCAGAGAGCAGAUCCGCGAGAGCGAAGAAGCCAAGAAGAAAGUGGAGGAGGCUCUUCGGGUGUCUUCGCAAGAAAAGACUGAGGCCGUUGCUCGGGAGAGGUCUCUCAGGAAAGCGUUUGUCGAGACGCGAACAUCUGACGCAGCUGAAUUGCAGAUGUGUAAGGAAGCGAUGAACAACCUCGAGGUUGUGGUAGAUAAGCAGCGGAAGGAAAAGGUCGACCUAGAAAGGAGGAUAGCCGCGGAAUCGCUUAGGCAUUCCGAGGAGAUGACCAGGCUUCGGAAAUCUCGUAGGUACGAGGUUACGCACGAGAGGAUUCGCGUGUUGAUCGCCAUGAUUGCUAAGGCUGAGAAACGCUUCCAUAGGAUUUCUCUUCGUGAGGAUCAACGGGACAAGUAUGACGAUGCUAGGUGCCUCUACAGCCAAGCCUUCGGAACGAGGAAAUGUCUCGAGCAGAUUAAGGCCUCAGGCGUCGAGAUCCCGCAGGAAACCAUCGAUUUCUUCGCUGAGCAAGAGAGGCACUAUGAAGAGGAAGCAGAACGCUUGGAAGUAAAGGAAAUUCCGGCAGAAGAUCUUCGCCUCUCCCCGUUAGUGUUGGAAUCCCGGUUUCUGAUCGAAGAGAUUUGGCGUCAGCUCGACCCGUUUGGAUCGAACAUUGGUUUAAUCGAUUCAGAGGCUGCCAUUGCUCUUCGUACUCCCCUCGCCGACCGAAAUCCCCAAUCGGCAGACCCGACGGAGAAACCUGCUCAAACGGCCGUAUCGUCCAAUCAGAAUAUCGACCAAGGCGUCGAUCCAACGGGGCGAACAUCAGAGGGACCGGUUGUCCAGAAAGACGGGGCUGUGCCUACCAUCGUGCUGACUGAUUCCUCUGCAAAGGCGUCGAAGAACGCCAGCUCGUCGGCUUCCUCGUCAGAGGACCCGGGGAAGGGAGGCGACCUUCCAACCGAGACGCCAGCCGCGAAUGUUACCGAGGCAAUCCCAACGAAGUUUGGCCGCGUAUCGGGUCCCGGAGAGGGUGACGGCAGUGGCGACAAGGAUCUUCCUGUGGUCGAUUGAUAAUCCAUGUUGUUUGUUGUAACUUCUUUUACUCUUUUUUUUUUGUUGCCUUGAUUCCUCGGAAUCUAUGAAUUCGGCAUUCUGUAGAAACUUUGAAAUUCCUAUUAAGUGUUUAUUUGGCUUCGAAUCGUAAUUCGUUUCUCAUUAAGUUGUUCCUGACAACCUUGUCCGUAAUUGAAUAUUAAAGAUAUAUAACAAGAAAAAACAAGGCAAGGAGUUUUAACGAGUUUCCGAGGAAAAGGUAUCUGGAUGCUCCGCGGUAACCGAGAGAGAUUUGGUCGGCCAACUCAUUAUUCUCUGAUUUGCGAUAAGAUCCAGAAAUUUCGCUCGUGAGUCGGUCAAUGCCUCAAGCAUCGGUGACGCGGGACUCUGUUUUUCCCGUCGUUUGAUAUCUGAUCAGGAUAUCUUCGACCAAGUGGGAUGAGUGCUCGUGCGCCGCUUUCGAGUUAAGGGGCUAGCAUCAUUUGAUGGGUCUUUUACUCGGGAGAGUGAGACGAAAUGUGUUUUUGUUAGGUUGGGGCUGGACCCCGUAGAGGGGAUGCCUACGUACCUCCGGGGAGGAUCAAGCCUUUCGUAGUUCAUUUUGGUUAUUUUUAUCGCUUGGGGCGUGCUGACGGGGUUCGACGUGAGCCGUGACGGCGUUCUUAGGAGCUGAUUGCUUCGCCGGGUUGUGCUUGCUCAAGAUGGCUUUAGUGUCUUCUUCCAUGCGUAUGAAGUUAUGGGAACGAGCAACGGCAUCUUGCAGCGUCGUGGCGGUGCAUCGAUAAAGAUCUUCUCGGAACUUACAUUCCACAAGGAGAUUAUUCCUCAAGGCAUCAACGGCAAUGUGGUCCGGGAUGUUGAUCCUUGACACGACGGAUUUAAAGCGCUCCAUGUAAUCACGAAGAUUCUGGUCCUUCGUUUGCUUGAGGUUCCAGAGGGUCGAAGCCGUUGCUUCGCGCUUGGUGAACAUGAUGUAAGUCUUGAGGAAGGCCGAGGAGAGCUCUUUGAAGCUUCUAAUUGAAUUCUCUUCGAGUCCCGAGAACCAGGUUAAGGCUUGCUCGUUGAGUGUUUCAAUGAAGAGUUGGCAGUAUCCCGCGUCUCUUUCGUCGGGGGUAAGUCUGGCCCUUGCUACCGCAAUAUUGAAGGCUGUCAAAUGCUCGACGGGAUCUCCUCCUGGUUUGUACUCUGGAAGGCGCAACUUGUCCAUCUUUCGGAGUUUAACCUCCGUCAGUUCCUCGGUGAAAGGAGUACGCGAUGUUGAUGCGAUGACACUGUCAAUCUCGGGUACUGCGCUCGUUGCUUGGUGGAUCCUUGAACUCAUUUGUUGGAAAUUUAGUUUAAGCUCGGCGAGUUCUCGGACGGUCGAUGGAUCUGACGUUGUAGGAAAAACAUCGGCGGCUAGGGUUUCCGCGAGUUGGAGAGUAGGAUCGACUGGGUUCGUCGAUCGUCCUUCCGCCGGAGUAGGGGGGUUUGUAUUGAAAAGGUGACGACGAAGCGGUUGAGAGUUACCGGUGGAGGCGCUAAGAGCAGCUACGAUAGCGGCGAGUUGAUCGUUCGUCGUCUUCUGAACUUCUUCUUGAUGAGCAAGUCGGGCUAUGACUGAACUCAUGAACUCCGACGAGAGGAGGGGAGGAGGCGUGAGUGCCGGCUCCUCUCCGGAGGUAUCAGGGUUCGUACCUCCGGUGGUCAUAUCGGUCUAGAAACGCUAGGUCUGUUCUGCCCCACGGUGGGCGCCAAUUGUUUAAGGUGAGUUUGGUCUCGGUGAAGUAAACAAUACUAAAAAUGGGUCGAACAGAGGCGUUUAUUAGAUUUCGAGAUGAUGUUACAAAGGUGGAGAAAGUAAAAGCAGGCCGGAGCUCGUGAGAGCUUAAACCGGAAAAGUACAAAUAGCAGAGAGAUGGUUGUACGGAUGAUAAACCCUAAUCUCGCCGCUAAGUUUGUGUAGCUCAGUGUUGAUCAUCCUUCUCCUUUGCUUUCCUCUCCUUUUAUACUCUGUUCGAUUACCUUUACCUAAUCUCUUUUUACUCAUUGGGCUUUGUCGGCCCUUCGGGCCUGAUUAUGAGGCGCUCGUUCCGAGCCGUUUAGUCGAUCAGCCUCGCUUCGCUUGCUCUCCGCUUCGACUAACGGCGCUUCCUGGUUAAGUUGAAGCCUCGAGAAUCGGCUUCUGCGCCGACGUCGACUCGGUUUGCUGGAUUGGGCCUUUUGUUCGAUGGGCUUUGUGGAUGGGUUAAAUCCAUCCCCA